CACACUGAGCGAGCAAAACAACAAAAUAGCGUUUUCCUAAGACUUUGUGGCGCGAAUUUGUUAAUAACAAAUGAACGGGGCACGAAAACUAAAGUCGCUGCGAGCCGUGAGACUGGCCGAUGUGUUGUGCGACGAGCAAAAACGCAUACUAAUGCUUUGUCGCAGCUGCGAGCGUCAUUUUAUGACCUUUGAGGCGUUCCAAAAGCACUUGGCCGACUGCUCCGGACUAAGGCACAUAGUGGCUCCUACGGAUCUGCUUAGCUACGACGAUUCCAAGCGGGAGACGAAGCACGUGAAUGGCAGGCAGGAGCUCCACAUCUACGACAUCGACGCGGUGCGGAGCUCCAGCACCUUCGACUUGGAGGCGGAGUUAGAGGAUCCGCGCUGGUACACCGAUCCCAAACCCAGUCUCAGUCCACCAAAGGCCAAAUCCGACCUGGCCAAGGAGAAUGUGGUGGAGAUCGAGCUGCAGCUGCCGAAGGAUGAACCUGAUGAGGAAGAGCUGCCAGCGAAGCGUCCCCGCACUCUUAACACUCUGCGCCGGCCAAUCCUCACUGCCCAGCAACAGCGAAAGACGCGUAGCACCGGCGGCCAGCCAGUGACUCAGACUCCAACGGUGAAAACGAAAACGAAGGAACCCAUUCUGGCGCCCGCUGUAAUGGAGCAGCUCAAGCGCAUGACGGAGGCCCCCCCGAAAAGGAGUCCAACUGCAGCAUCAGGAGCGGAGCGAACAUCUCGACUACCUUCUAAGCAGACGCCACCAUCACCGCCAAAGACAACUCCAGUGACUCCCCCCAAGACAUCUCAAUCACAGCUUCCCAUGGUGAGCAUACCGAUGGAUGGCACCCAGAAAAUCCUCAACAAGCUGAGAGCCUGCGGCGUGGAGGUGAAAAGGGGAAAUACCCUUCUGAAUGUCACUCCGCCGGCCGCGGAGAGUUCAACCAAAAACCAGGAGGCCCUGGACAUAAUGCGCAAGCUGCAGUCUAAGGGCAUCCGAUGCACCAAACUAACCAAACAGUAGUUCGUAGCGUUCGUUGGCUGAUAGUUGUAAGAUAGGAAUUAAACGAUAAAGCCCAUAAGUAUUUAAAUUUAAUUAUCAUUUCCACUUUGCCUAAAAUAAUCUAACCAAAAAUGUGAGAAAUUCUACAGUUUAAAGUUAGGUUAAUAUAUUGGCAUAUAAACAAACGAAA